AUGUCUAACCAAUCAGUUGAUGGUUUUCAGGGUUCUCAACCCUUUAUAACAGAUAAGCAAUAUCAGAAUUUAUCUUUGGCAGAAUUAAAACAUAUAUUAGAAGAAGAAAAAGAAAGUCUUAAGACAAAUUAUAAAGAAUUACAUGAAAAACAAAAAUUAAUAAGAGAUAUUAAAAAAUUGAAAAAACUUAAUAAGAAAGUAAAACAAGGUAUUGAUAUAAAAAAAGAAAGGAAAAAAACCAAAUCCAAAUCCAAACCUAAGAAGAUAGCUUUCGUUAAAACAACGGGUCCUUCUAAAAUUAAAAAGAUAAAAUCAUUUGAUGAGUAUUUUCAGGAAUGUAUAGAGAAUAAAGAAUUUCCUGCAGAUACUCCUCCUUAUUUUCGUGAAGCUCUUGAGAGGGCUAUUAAGGAAUAUGAUUUAGGAUUUGUAAAAGAAAAAUCAGCUUUUGAAGACUUGGCUGUUAAAUAUAUUUUUGAAGGGGAUCCUAGUCUAACUCCAAUUGAAUAUUUUAAUAAAGUUUAUUCAUCUUUAGAAUAUUUUUUUACUAAUCAUCGAAAUAUUAAAUUUAGUAUGGUAUUGGUUUGUUUAAUGGAACAACAAAUACUUAUUAAAGAUAAGGGGGUUGUUGGAUUAAAUGAAAGUAAAGCUUACUUUAUCUCAGGAACACAUAAUAAUCUUGAAUCAAAAAAUAUAAAUAAAUUAACUGAUAAGUGUGUUAAGAAAAUUAUUAAAGAUUUAGAAGUAUAUCAAAAAAAUGGAAGUGGAUGGUAUUUUAAAGAAGUGGUUCAACUUGAAAUUCAUAUUGUUGAGUAUAAUCUAACAAAGGGUUCAUCUUAUAUUCCUCUUCCAGAUUGGAUAUCAGAUAAAAAAGCAAUAGUUAAUAUUGAAAACAAAGAUGAGAAAUGUUUUCUUUGGUGUAUACUUAGAUAUCUUCAUCCAAGAGAUAGAGAUGAAGAAAGAUUAACAGGUUUAAAAGAAUAUGAAAAUUCUCUUAACACCAAAGGAAUUAGUUUUCCUAUGAAAUUAAGAGAUAUUUCCAAAUUUGAAAAACUUAAUCCAUCUCUUCCAGGAAUCAAUGUUUUUCAGUUAAUAAUAAUAUUUUUUAUCCUUUGAGAAUGGCAGAGAGAGAUUGUUUAAAUACUAUUGAUUUGUUCCUAUAUGAAGGAGAUGGCGUUUCACAUUACUCACUAAUUAAAAAUUUUAAUCGUUUGAUUAAGUCUCAAAAAACUAAAAGUAAGAAUGGAGAAAUAUUUAUUUGUAAAAAGUGUUUUACACAUUACACUAAAGAAGAAUUAUUACAAAAACAUAUAUUAUAUUGUUCAAAUAAUGAAACAGUUUCUGUAAAAAUGCCUCCACAAAACACAAUGUUAGGUUUUAAAAAUUACCACAAACAACUUCCAAUCCCUUUUGUAGUUUACGCAGAUUUUGAAUGUUUUACUAAACCAAUGAAUACUUGCAGUCCUAAUCCAAAAGAAUCGUAUAAUUACAACUACCAAAAGCAUGAACCAUCAGGAUUUUGUUUUUACAUUAAAGGAAUAGACCCUAAUAUAUCAUUUAAACCAAUUACUUACACAAAAACUAAUAGUGAUGAUAAUGUAGCUGAGAUAUUUGUUAGUAAACUUGCAAAAGUAACUAAUAAAAUAUAUAAUGAUUUUUAUCGUCGACCAAUACCUCUUCGUUUAACAAGACAAGAACAAAAAUCCUUUGAUGAAGCAGAAAAUUGCCAUAUUUGUAAGAAAGAAUUAUUAGAUGAUAAAGUUAGAGAUCAUUGUCAUUUUACUGGAAAGUAUCGUGGAGCUGCACAUAACAGCUGUAAUCUUCAAUGUCGCAAACCAAUGAUUCUUCCAGUUAUAUUUCACAAUCUUCAAGGAUAUGAUGCUCAUUUGUUUAUAAAACAACUUGCUUGUUUACCAGGUGAGUUAAACUGUAUUCCAUCUACGGAAGAAAAAUAUAUUUCCUUUUCUAAAAAGAUUAAGGUUGAUGAGUAUAAAUCUAGACGCAAUGGAGAUACUAUUCCAUUAUAUUUCGAAAUAAGAUUUAUUGAUUCAUUUAAGUUUCUUCAAACGAUUCUUGCUAAUCUAGUUGGUAAUUUACAACCAGAUGAUUUCCAUAAUACAAAAGAAGUAUUUAAGGAAAAUAUAGACCUACUAACUCGUAAGGGAGUUUAUCCAUAUGACUAUGUUUCCUCAAUGGAAAAACUAUCUGAAACACAAUUACCUCCAAAAGACUCCUUUUAUUCAAAACUAAAUGAUGAAGAUAUAUCAGAUGAUGACUAUCAACACGCUAUCAAUGUCUGGAAUACUUUUAAAUGUAAAACAAUUAGAGAUUAUCACAAUCUUUACCUAAAGUCUGAUGUCCUACUUUUGGCAGAUGUAUUUGAAAACUUUAGGAAAACUUGUCUCAAACAUUACAACCUAGAUCCAACUCAUUAUUACACAUCUCCUGGACUAGCUUGGGAUGCAUGUCUAAAAGAAACAGGUCAGGAAUUACAGUUACUACAUGAUUAUGAUAUGUUGAUGAUGUUUGAAAAAGGAAUUCGUGGUGGAAUAUCUCACAUAUCAAAAAGAUAUGCAGAAGCAAAUAACAAAUAUAUGAAAAAUUAUAAUCCUGGUAAGGAGACUAGUUAUAUUCAAUAUCUUGAUGCAAAUAAUCUUUACGGUUGGGCAAUGUCUCAACAACUACCAACACAAGGAUUCAGUUGGAUGAAAAAUAUAACAAAAGAAAAAGUAAUGGAUAUCUUGGAUAAAGCAAAUCAUAGUAUGUCAAAUCGUGGAAGAAAAGGAUAUAUAUUUGAAGUUGAUUUGGAAUAUCCUUCCAACCAAUGGGAAACACAUAAUGACUAUCCACUUGCACCUGAGAAGAUGAAUGUUAAUGGUGUUGAAAAACUAAUUUGUCAUUUUAAACCAAGAAAAAACUAUGUUGUACAUUAUCGAAAUUUAAGACAAUAUCUUGAGAUGGGAAUGAGAAUAACUGCUGUUCACAGAGGAAUAUCAUUCUAUCAGAGUUCUUGGAUGGAACCUUACAUAAGAAAAAAUACAGAACUUCGAAAAACAGCAGCUAACAGUAUUUGGAAAAACAAUAGAAAACAUAAGAAAAAGACAAAAUAUUUUUAUUAUUGA